GCCAAUCGGGGUUCUCGCCGGAAGGGCUGCGCGCCGUCCUCGCGAGCGGAGUGCAUCGUGCGCGGCCGGCCGGCACCAUGAGCGGAGGCCUCGGCGGGAUGUCGGCGGAGCAGCUCUUGCAGCAGAGGCUCCUCCGGAGCCGCCUGCGGGGCGCGCAGCACCCGGGCCUGGCCGUCGGAGGCCCCCUCCCGCCGCCGCUGCUGCCGCCCACCCCGCCGUGCCUGCUCUCCCCGCCUUCGCCGCCUGACUCGCCCCCGCCCGGCACGACGCCCGCCGAGAUCCCCGCCGGCCCGCGCUACCCCAGCGAGACCUGGUGCUCCCUGUGCCGCGUCUACUGCCCGGAUCCAGUGUGCCUGCCCUGCGGGCACAACUUCUGCACCGCCUGCAUCGGGCAGCGUCUCGGCGAGCCCAAGAUCAACAUCUCCUGCCUGGAAUGCGGCGCCAGCGCCCACAAGAGGAGCCUCCGGCCCAUCAAGCCGCCGCCGCUGCUGGCCAACCUGGUGGUGGAGAGGCCCAAGAGGCAGAGGCUCGACUCCUUGCCCGGGGCGGCCGUGGCGGUAGCCACAGUAGUCGCCCCGUCCGGAGCAGCAGCAGCGCCGCCGCCGGUGGCAGCCCUGACAGCCGUCCCGCCGACGCCCGCUGCUGCAGUGCCCGCGGCCCCGCCACCGCAGGCCCCUACAACGCCGCCGCCCCCGACCCCACCGCUGCUCCCUCUCGCGCCGGCCCCGACGUCCCCGGCUGCCCCCGCCACGCCGCCCCCGGCCCCUCUUCCAGCCGCCUCCCCGACCGCGAAAAGGGCGCCCGCCGUCGGAGGGGCCGGAGAUGGGAGCGGAGAGAGGCUGUGCGAGAAACACCAGGACGUGCUGCAGUUCUUCUGCGAGGAGGACCAAACGCCGAUCUGCGCGCACUGCGACCGAUCCCAGGAGCACCGCGCUCACACCAUCUUCCAUGUCGAGAGGGCAGCCCGGGAUUACAGGCCGUUUUUAUUUAUUCAGGAGCGGGUUCAGGCACAGUUAGAAGUUCUGAAGCAGGAAAAGAACAAUCUGUGGAGUCAGAAGCUGACAGGGGAGAAGAAAAUCCAAGAAUACAUGGAAAAGGUUCAAGCUGAAAAAAAGGACCUCAUCACUGAAUUUGAACACCUGCAUCAGUUUCUGAAAGAUCAGGAGGAACGCCUGCUGACCCAGCUGGAAGAGCUAGAUAAAGACAUAGAGAAGCAGAAAGAUGACAUGAUGACUAAACUCUCGGAAGAACUUUCCCGUCUUGGUGACGUCAUCACCGAGAUGGAGACGAAGUGCAAGCAGCCGGCGAGUGAAUUUUUGCAGGACAUUAAAAAAAACAUGACCAGAUGCGCCGCAGGACAGUUUCAGCCGUCUGAGGAAGCAACGUUGAAGCUGGAAGAGCGAUUGGAGUUGUUGUCACGGAAAGGGGUGGCUCUGAAGGAGACUGUGAAUAGAUUUCAAGAUAAUGUGACAUCUGCCAUGGAGAGAACACACACUGUGAAAUCACUGAAUGAUAAAGAAAAUUCAGCUCUUGAUCUGGAUUUAUCGUGUGCCCUUCUGCCCCUGGACCAAAGACAUGGAGGAGAUGGAGAAUCUCGGCACAGGCUGCCUGCCUUACAUUAUGUCCCUGACACUCCCCAAAGAUUGGAUUCCCAGGCUUUGGUUCUGGGCUGUGAUGGGUUCACCUCUGGGAGAUACUUUUGGGAGUUGGAAGUGGGUGAUGGGGAAUUCUGGGCAGUGGGGGUCACCCGAGAUCCUUCCAAGAAGAAGGGGAUGAUGGACUUCAGCCCAGAGGAGGGAAUCUGGGCUGUGGGGCUGUGGAAUGGCCAGCACUGGGCCCUUACUUCCCCCGUUACAGCCUUGUCCCUGAGCAAACACCCCAAAAGAAUCCGAGUGUCCUUGGACUACGUGGGGGAGUGUGUGACUUUUACUGAUGCAGACACAGAGGACCCCAUCUUCACCUUCCCACCAGCUUCUUUUAACGGGACACGUACCCAUCCUUUGCUGUGGGUGGUAGGCUUCCCAGCCCAGACCGUGUUUCUGAGGCGUAUGGGUGUCAAAUAUCCAGUUGGGGUGCAUGAAAUGGAUAUAAUGAGUCCAUGAUUUUAAGUAUCCAUGUACCCCAGAGAAAAUGUAUAGAUCUCUAACCUGCCAGAUCAGAGCAGGGUGCGGAGCCACUUUGAAUUAAAGAAAUUGGAAAUAUGGGUUUUAAUUCUGCCUUGUCUACUGCAGAAUGUGAUGCAGAAGCAGUGCGGCUCUCCUUGCACACCAAGGCCUUAAGAAUGUUGCCCUCGGGAAUAGUAAAAAGAACUGGGGAGGAGUAGGCUAUCCUGGUCUUGAUGUAGUAUCCCUUUUAGGACAUAAUCUUUUGCCAAGGGGUCAUUGUGACCCUUUUCUAGCAGUAGGCUCAAACUUUUUCAGUUUGGAAAAAAAAAAAAAAAAUUAGCUAUUAAAUUUUGCAUUUUUAGCUCCUCUUCAAUCAGUUCACAUUUUGCAUUUUAAUGAUUUUUAUUUUAAAAAUGACUGCAUGUGUUUCAGCUGCAAUACUAGCAGCAUGUUUUCCUUUGAAAGGAAAGGCUUUAACUCAAUCCUUUGUGGUGAAAAGUGUUUUGAAUACCAUAGGUGAAUCUGGCUGUCCCUGGCCCAGAGGUCCUAAACAGAAGCACCAGGUCUUGCAUCUAUGGCAGUUUUGACUGGACAGUCCUUCCUCUACACUAUAGGAUAGCUUCUUCUCUUUUGCUGCCAUAGUCUGAAACUUAAUUUCACUCUUCUAUGUCUUCAGUCCCAUCCUGGAAAUAAAAUGGAGAGGUGUUUCUGCCGUAAUAAUAAGCUGGUUGCUCUGAUUUUGAAGAUGAAAUAUACACAAUGUCUAAAACAUGUAAAAGGAACCCUGGGGUUAUGGUUGAUGCCUAAGGAAUAUAAGAAUCAUAAUAAAGACUGUUAGUAUGUUCUUU